UUUUGGUUUUUAUUUGUAUAUAAUUUAAAAUAAUUAAUUUGUGAUAUUUAUUAAAUAAAAUAAAUGUGUAAGUAUGUCAUUACCACGUAUAACUGACUAUGAAAUAUUAGAUAAAUUGGGUGUUGGUAGCUAUGCUACCGUUUUUAAAGUGCGUCACAAGCAAAAUAAAACAUUUCAUGCCAUAAAAUGUGUGGAAAUGUCAAAGUUAUCGCACAGUUCACGUGAAAAUCUUGUUACCGAAAUACGUCUGCUACGCUCAUUAAACCACAAAUAUAUUGUGGCUUUACAGGAUUUUUUCUGGGACGAGAAAAACAUAUACAUCGUUCUAGAAUACUGCAAUGCAGGCAGCCUUUACAAUUUUAUACAUUCAAAGAAAUCACUGCCAGAAUCGACAUGCAAGUACUUUUUGCGUCAAUUGGCACUUGCGGUGCAAUAUAUGCGCACUAACGAUAUCUCGCACUUUGAUUUAAAGCCGCAAAAUUUAUUAUUGACACGCAAUCCGAAUGUUGUAUUAAAGGUGGCAGAUUUUGGUUUUGCACAACAUUUAAAAUUGGGUGAAAUAAAUCAGCAACUAAAAGGUUCGCCCUUAUAUAUGGCGCCAGAGAUUGUACGUAAAAAGCAGUAUGACGCCCGUGCUGAUUUAUGGAGUAUUGGUGUUAUAUUGUACGAAUGCCUUUUUGGCAAAGCACCUUAUUCAUCGAAAACUAUCGAAGAGUUGUUAAUGCGCAUACGUAACGCUGAGAAAAUUUGUAUACCGACAAAUGCACGCAUAAGUAAUGAAUGUCAUGACCUGCUAAGUAGGCUGUUAAAACAUGAUCCUGCCAAGCGUAUAACGUUCGAAGAAUUUUUUGCGCAUCCAUUUCUUGAUCUCAAAACUUUCCCAUCGGAAAAGACAUUAGAAAAAGCAAUAGAACUAGUUACCAAAGCUGUGAAUUAUGAUGAGAAUCGUGAUUAUAAAGAGGCUUACUAUUUAUACUGCAGCUCUUUGCAAUAUUUUGUGCCGUUGAUAACAGAAGAAGCUGAUGCCAAUAAGCGUUUAGCCUUGCGAAACCGAGCCUUGAAAUACUUACAGCGUGCAGAAGAAAUAAAAAAUGUUUUAAUUGAAGAUGAGUUUAAAGCAGCUGCACAUCGUAAGAGUGUCAAUGUAGACACACAAGUUUGUGCCAGUUCUAGUACUGGAGCACAAACAACUUCUUUAGCUGAUGUUAUAGAGCCUGAUACACGCUACAAGCAGUUGUUUGCAAUGUCUAACUCUAGUCCGCAAUUAAAAAAUGCACUUGAAAUUGGCAGGCAGGGUGAGCUGUAUUUGUACGAGCGAAAAUUUGAAACCGCGCUUGAGUCGUACACAACAGCCUUAGGUAUUUUAGUGCAGUUCAUGAACAAUGAACCUAAAGGUGAACGCAGAAAUUUAUUACUGCAGCAGAUUGAAUUUUGGAUGAAGGAAGCUGAAAGCAUUAAGAGUAUUUUGUCUGCUAAGGAAAUGGAUGAUGAGCAAAAAAUAUCUUCGCUUUAUAUAAAUCAUUAUAUGUAUGGUUAUAUAAUUCAACACAAAUAUAAUUUAAAUGUUAAGAAAUCUGUUAUUGGAAGCGUCCCCUCAAGUAUUUAGAUCAAGACAUGACAA